UGAGAUGUGUGCUCUUACCGGCAAACCGCCUUCCCGUGUUCUUGCACGCACACGCCAUCAUUUUGACACCGCACGCAAGAGCCAGGGGGAGAUUCGGUGUUGGUGGUAGGCGGCAUGCUAAUGGAUGAAUUGGCAGGGGCUGUAAAUGUACUCGACGAAGGGGUUGUGGUUGGCAAAGGUUGGCUUUCAGUCAGAUGCGACACGUCUGAAGAGUCAAAGCACACGAGAGGGAUGUUGAGUUCAAUUCAGAUGAAUCCAAAGACUGUUGAUUGCGGCAACAAGGUUAGUGUCCGAUACUAUGUUUGACAGAACGUGAAUGUACAGUACUGUACGUGAUGUAAGUUAUCUUACUUAUCAACUUAUCAAGGAGCUUUGUUCGAUCAGGGAUCACCAACAUGUUGCCCAUAGGCAGCAGAUAUCCCCCAAGGCAUGCAUGACCAGCCAUGGGGGGCAGCCCCGUUCUAAAAAUAGUUCACCAGUAAUGAGACGUGUUCGAACUGAUCAUUUGAAAUUGGAAAUAUUGUAGAAAUCAAGUGUGGCAAAUAUAUUUCUCAGUGGCCUCCCCUCGCAAUUAAAAAAAUGUUGAUCAUUAUUUUUCAGGAAUGACUGAUUGAUUUAGUGGCUUUCUUUGGACACUGUAGAUGUCUAUCAUCCAUUAGCCGCAUUAAGCGCUAGUCAAGAUGUAGCUUUGACUUUUCAAGAAGGUUGUUGACCUUUUGGUUUGACCUUCGUGUCAACAAAGUUUCCAGGACCUUUUCCAUGGGAACUUUAGGAUUUUUGCAAAGAUACAAUUUGCACAAUUGCGAAUCUUCCGUGGACUUAAGAUUUUAGGAAUCUGGAUGGAAGCUCGAGAAAACGGACAGAAACAGGAACAUGCAAAUGCCACACUGGAGCUGAGAUUCAAACUCCAAACAAUAGGAAGUGCGAGGCAUUUGAGAACGACUGGGCAAAAUUACCCAAUACUUUUGUCCGUCCAGCCUAUAUCAGGGGUGCCCAAAUCCGGUCCUCGAGGGCGCCUAUCCAGCCUUAAUGUCGCCCUCCUCUAACACACUUGAUUUCAAUGAUUAGGACCAUCAUUAGGCUUCCGCAAAUCUUGCUAAUGCGCUGAUAGUUUAAAUCAAGAGUGUUGGAGGAGGGGGACAUCUAAAACAAGCUGGGUCGGUGCUCUUGAGGACCGACCCAGCUUGGGCACCCCUGGUUUAUAUGGUGAGUGUUUUUACCCUCCAUGCUGAGGAGAAAGAUGGCAUCCCCUCCCUUGAUGAAAUCUCUGCUCCUGGCUCUUAGGUGGGUGAGGUACACCGACGUCCCGGUGCCUGGUCCUCGGAAGUACUUGGAGCCGUCUGAGUCCGUCACCUCGACGCCCACCUUUCGAGGGUCAUCCCAGAAGAGCCUGUUGGAGUCUGAUAGACAGAGCCGAACGUUAAACACGAGCCUCGCACGAGAGGAGCGUCUUUCAACAUGCAAACCCGUAAUCAGCUUGCUGGGAUCGGUGGUGACGCUGCGCUGGUUGGACAUGCGCUUCUGGAUGUGAGGGUGCUGGUCCAUAAGCAUCAUGGUCAUUUGCUUCCAAGAACAAGGCCACUUCUGCCCGCUGUCGCCCUCGCGGGCCACCAAGUUCACGUAGGCCGCCAUUUGUUCCAAGGAACUGGCCUUCCCGCUGGGAUAGAGCUUCAUCUGGAAGGUGUAGCCCUCCUUGGAGGUGAAGGGUGGGCUGUAGAUGGCCGUGUCCACAGGGGUGUUCUCCAUCACGUGGCUGAAAUUCUUCACGCGCCACGCAAACUCGGGACACAUGGUCUCGGAAACGUUGAUGUCAUCCAGAGACAAUCCACCUGCAGAUGGUCCCGCACCUGCUUUGGUUCCCUGGAAGACCACACGGAACUUCUUUGUGGCGUUUAGCCUGACAUGGUGCAGCUGCCACAGGUCCUGAGGGGGUCCUGUUACAUCAAAUGAGCUUAGUUACUAAGGAGCAUCUAAGACCACCCAGGGGUGGGGGCCUUUUUCCUAUUGGGGGCCCAUUUCAUGAGCAUGUAUUUGGGGAUUCAAUGUUUUCACAUUUUUUAAGGCAGUUUCUUCAAGUCUCUUGUUGCUAUUGGCCAAAUAAUCAUAUCAUAUCAUAUCGUAUCUUAUAUCAUAUUGUAUGGGAUAUCUCACAUUUGAAAGUCACAUGCCUGCCAUGAUGAGAAACCCAUGUCUGAAAAGACAAAGGAAGACAAUUCCAGACUUUGAAAUUUCCCUCAAGCAGCAUCGUCACAUUUAGGCCAGAUUGAAUUUCUCUUGCAGACGAAACUUGGCCUGCGGGCCUUCGGUUCCACACCUCUGACCAAGUUUUCACAGAUAUAAGAGAGUGAGUGAUAUUAACCGUCAAUGGUGGUGAUCAAGCGCAGUGUCCCCGCAGGGUGAGCUUUGUCGUACUCCCGCACAAAGAUCUUGAGCGAAUCGUUGAGGCCGCCGCUGUUAUAGAAGAAAAACUGCAGACAUUGAUAACCUCGCUUGGGGUAAAGGAUUCGGCUUUCGAGAAGGGCUGUGUCACCGGGGUUGGCCCUGUUCGUGUUGAAGUGCAUGAAAUAGCCAGAACCUAACGACAGUCAAUCAUAUAAAAAUGACAUAUUACUGACGUCGGGCAUAUUUAUACUUCCUAGACUGAUUUUCUAUGGCCCUCCUCUCACCAGUGCAUUUGCCCAUGUUGGAGUAAUCCGUGUCGGGUCCGCCUGCUGCCUUGGAUAGCCUGUGCCAGUCCUCCUGGUCGCCCGGCCCCUGAAUCAUCCCGCAGAUGUUCUCCUGCUCAAAGUCGCACGAGUCCAGAAAAGUGGAGCCCCGAGCUGCAAGACGAAGUCACGGCUGUGAACGGCCAUCUUGUCAGGUCAAUGUCAAUCGGCUCAUGAACAGCAACCAAAACGAGACAAUAAAAGCCAUUCUUCUCACUGCAGUUGUAGAGGCGGGAGAGCUUGAGGAGAUCGCUGUCGCUGAACUCCAUCCUCUGGCCGAUGACGUCGGUGAAGGCGGGGAUUUUGGUGACGAUGGUGGGCUCGGAGCCGUUGCGGAAGGCCGUCUUGCUGUAGUGCAUCAUGGAACCGUAGUCGUAGGGGAUGCCCAGCGAGCUGGAGGUGGUGUCGUUGUGGAUCUUGAAGUUGUGCUCUCGGCCUGGAUGCCGCACAAAACAAGACUGUGCGGCGCCACACAGCAAACACGCGAUGUGCAGAGCCAAUGAUACACCUGUGGAUGUUUCUCCAGCCAUGUCCAACAAUAAUGUUCAUCGACGGCGUCGUGAGCCCUCAUUUAGUGUAAGGUACAUGAUGAGAUUUUCAUGAGAUGUACUUCAUGCGCAGCAGGUGAAUAAUUGACAGAUUGUUAAAGGGUCAAAGUGAUACAGUCACUUCAAAUGGAUUCACGGGCUCUGCUAUCUCUAACAAAUCUUUAAAUGUCGUGUUAAUGUUUUGUUUUGUUCUUUCUUUUUCACAGUUUUUAAUAAUGCCAGCUCAGUAGAUUUUCUCUUCAUUUGAAAUUCCUCACGAGGGUCGCGGGGGUGCUGGAGAAUUAUCCCAGCUGUCUUCGGGCAGUAGGCGGGGUACACCCCUGAAGGUUGCCAUCCAGUUGCACAACACGCAUACACAAACAACCUCACACCUUGGGACAAUUUAGAGAGUUCCUUUAACCUGCCAUGCAUGCUUUUGCAAUGUACGAGGAAGCCAGUGUACCCGGAGAAAAGCCACACAGGCUAGGGGAGAACAUGCAAACUCCACAUAGGAAGGCCAAGGCCCAUAAUUGACACCUGUACCUUUGCACUGUGAGGCGGACGUGCUAACCAUUCGACCAUAGUGUCGCCUCUGACUCAACAUAUUUUUUUUUACACAAAACAAUACAUUACCUUUGUAUUAUUUGCAAACUGUUUCAAGAACUAACUAUUUUUUUGCUCAUUUUAUUUCUAUAGCACGGAUUUCACUAUCGGCGGGAGAAGUCUGGAAAAUAACUCCCAAUGGAGGAGGAAACCGGAGUAUCCGGAGAAAACCCACGCAGGCCCGGGGAGAAUGCAAACUCCACACAGGGAGGCUGGAGCUGGAAUCGAACACGACUCGUUUGUCGUCGUCACAAGAGCAUCUUCACCGUGCCGGCCAUCCUCAUGCUACGUGAACCCGCUGCAUGCCGAUGCGGACGACCUGGUGCAAACAUGGCAAUAUGUUGCUUCCACUCAACAAACAACAGACAUCCAGUGUGCUUGAGGCACUUUCACUGAGCGCCUUCCCACACAUCAGAUAUCUUCCUGAAAUCUGUCAAGUGGACAUUGUGUGGAAAAUGUACUACUCUCACAACAAAGCCAUAAGCAUCCGACGAACAAAUGCCGUCCUCGGCUGCUUCUCAGCACAUCGGGGACACUUUUUGGUGCCAAGGCGUCACCCGCCCCUCCAGCAACAUUUGUCUUUUCCCUAAUUGAUUGAGGAACUUAAUUAGGUCCAUUUAAAACGUCAAUGAAGACACAAGAUGGGAGGGUUUGAUGACGAAACUGCAUUCCAGUCCAACAUUCCCGUGCCCCUGGACAUCACUGUGGCUGUGGUGUAUUCACUCUUUGGAAUAUGUUCAUUGUUUGGCAACAGCACUCUGCUGUAUGUAUCCUACAAGAAAAAACAUCUCCUGAAGCCGGCCGAGUUCUUCAUCAUCAACUUAGCCGUCAGCGACCUGGGCCUGACGCUGUCUCUCUACCCUCUGGCUAUAACAUCCAGCUUCUACCACAGGUGGCUGUACGGGACUACGGUGUGUUCCAUCUACGCCUUCUGCGGCAUACUGUUCGGCAUCUGCAGUCUGAGCACCCUCACCCUGUUCAGCAUGGUGUGCUUUGUCAAAGUGUGUUACCCACUGUACGGAAACCGAUUCAGCUGCAUUCAUGGCCGUCUGCUGGUGGCCUUCGCGUGGCUCUACGCGUUAUUGUUCGCUUGCAGCCCGCUGGGCCACUGGGGCGAGUACGGACCGGAGCCCUACGGCACCGCCUGCUGCAUCGACUGGCGCCUGUCCAAUCGGCUGCCGACGGUGCGCUCCUACACUGUGGUGCUCUUCUUCUUUUGCUACAUCCUUCCGUGCGCCCUCAUCCUGGCAUCCUACGCGGGCAUCCUCACCACCGUGCACGCGUCGCACAAGACCAUGGAGCAUCAUGCGUCCAGACACAUGCACAUGAGCCGCAUCCAGAUCGUCAUUAUUAAGCUUAGCAUGGCGGUGAGCAUCGGUUUCUUUGUGGCGUGGACUCCGUACGCUCUGGUGUCUAUGUGGGCUUCCUUCGGCAACAUCAAAGACAUCCCGCCUGUGGCGUUCGCCAUACCGGCCAUGUUUGCCAAGUCCUCCACAAUCUACAACCCGAUCGUCUACCUCGCAAUCAGGCCCAACUUUCGCAAGGUAAUAUUCAGGGACCUCGCCGCAUUAAAACACCACACGGGAAAGUGCUGCUGCCAUCCAAGAAUCAAGGUGAGACUUCAGUUAGGCCAAAGACGGACUGAGCAGUUUCCUUUGCCCACCUCCUCCACGCAACCUCCUAUGAUAGUGCUGAACCGUCACAAAGAUACUGCUGAAUGCUCCGGAGACGGUCCUCAAGUGUUCUGUGUUGCGAACGCUGCCGCCUAUGACAAAUCGUCCAAGGAGAGGGUUGGGCCAAGUGUGAGCCACACCAGGUCCGUGCUGUGCCUCACGUGUGCAAAGAGAACUCCAGAUAGUUUCCAUAUUAAUUUGGAGUUGGUUCCCGACAAAGCAAAAGUGGCCUGGCCUUAAUUUUACCUUAUCAUUUCUUUUUCAGGGUGUUCUUUAUGACGUUGAGCAAUGGCAUGAAACAUUGUUAAGGGAAGUACGAUAAUCUAAUCAUCAGGCUCUAGCCAUGACAUUGACCUUGGUUUCCAUGUUUUACAGGUGUACAGGGUGUCGCUGGAUCUCCCAAAAAAAUCGUUUCCAAAAUGAAAGUCUUAGUUGCGUCGGUCAACUGCAAAUUUUCAUCACUGAUGGCUUUAUGUGUCCCAGAAUGUAUUUUUGACACAGAUUUCCAAAAUGCCUUUACUUAUUUUUCUAGCACAUCCGUUUGUUUGUUUUUAAACUUGUAAAAAACAUGUAGAACACUGAUUUUACAAUGUGUUGUACUGUAAUUGAUAGCUAUGAGGACUCAUUUAAAAAAAUAUUCACCUGUUGCUGAGCCUAAUCUUUAAUUCAUAAAUACAGUAUUACUAAAGCCUUUAUUCCAAUGAGGGGCGAACAAUUCCAACUGUUGACGAAAGUCGAAAAAAAAGUGUUCACGUGUCCGCCAAACAGUUGCCUGACCUAUGCCUGUACUUUUUUUGUUUCAAGUGAAUUUUGAACAUUUUUCAUCGAGAAGGGAAAAAAAAAUCACAAAAACUGUUGCCGAACGUUUUUGGGAACAUUUGCGACAAUUAAUAGUCGUUGAGUGUGCUCUGUGAUUGGCAACUCAUCUGCAGUGGCCCUGAAAAAAAGCACAGAUGAUGAAGAAAAGGCUCUUGUCAUUUAAAUUUUAGAGCAAAACGGAGAAGGGAAUGAACCAUUUGGAACAAUGACAAAAGUACUUUUUCGUAUAAAUAAGCUAUAUACCCUAGUUUGCGUUCUCAAAUGCUGCUAAAUAUGAUCACAAAUCAAGAAAAUAUUGUAUGGCCUACUCUGUGGUCACGUUUAUUGAAAGUCAAUAUUUUAUGUAUUAAUUAAACCAUUAACCGUAUGUACAAUUCUCUUUGAUCAAUAUCAGCACGUAUAUAAACUUCAUUUAGAAGACAUAACCACAUUAUAACGCCAGUGACGUUGCACAUUUAUGCACAACUGCAAUUUUUAUAAAUGUUCUCUGUAAUUUGUGGUUAUUUUAUACAGCAAUGUUUCUUUGCGGAUUGAUUGGGUCAAUAGUCAUUGAUUAGGAAAAUUCACUUUGAGAGAGCAGGGUGCCAUUGUAUUGAUUUAGUUGAGAAACUGGAACCACAGCAUUGAAGUUACACUGUCUUUGUGAAGCUGUAGCAUGAAAAAAUGUACAACCAUAUAUUUAUGUAUUUUAAAAAAAACGUAUGUGACAAAAGGCUGCAAGAGAUGACUCAAUCUUCAUACAGUACAUUGAGUGUAAAAAACUCUAACCUCGUUUAAAUUGUGGGUUUCUGUGAUUUGAAAAAAAGAUUCAUCAUUGAACAAAAACUUGUUUUCCACAAUUGAUGCAACAUAAAAAAAGUAAAUCUUUUCAAGAGAAGUAAAAAUAUACAACAGAGAUAAUGUGGUUGGUUGCACACGAUCUUAUAACUAGGGGUGUGGCUGUGUUCAGAAUUGACCAGUUAUGAGGGUGUGCACACUUAUGCAACUUCAUAAUCUCAGUUGUUGUUUGACUUAACCGUUUCAAAACAUUGAAUUCUGUCCCCCCCCCCCCCCCCCCCAAUUGAAUCAGACACACAUAAACACACUUUUAACAUGAUAUAUCAUGGUCAUUUGAACAGGGAGUGCAGCUAUUUUAUAUCCGCUGUCAAUAAUCGUAUUUAAAAAAAAUAAA